AUGCCGCUGUCCAGGCCCCGCCCUCUUGGGGGAGACGGUGAGCUCUUGUCGCCAGAAGCGAAGAAGAUGCAGCAAGAGCUCCCGAACCUGUCUGAGGAUGACACAAUGGCCAACGCUGCCAUGUGCUACCUCAGUCCGCUUGGCCAGCGCUCCAAAGCCUUGAGCGCCACAGUCUCGCCGAAGACACCCCGGCGGCCAAUGAUGCUCCCAGCCCUUUACUCCCCCCAAUCGUCCGACGUGCGGAGGACAGUGCCGAGUGGGCUAAAAAGCUCCGGCGUGACAUCCCCCGGGACCAUCGUCCUGGCGCCACCCAGGCCGGUGGGCCACGACUUAGACCUUCCGAUGAUCGACCAGAUAUGCCGGUCGUCAUUUCAAGCCCACAAGGCCCUGCUUCAGUGGCAGCGGCGGGCUUUAGCGGCGCAUCGAAGGGCCUGGGACAAAGCCGAGAAGCUCGAGGCGGCCAAGCGGGCCUUCAAAGCCCCAUGCCGACAUCUGCUCUGCAGCUUCGAAAGGUCCGUGGCCGUGAAGGUGCCGAAGGAGGAUGUGUUGAUGGGCCUGGAAGUCCACCGGGCGGUCCUAGAGGACGCGUUGAUCCAUCUUGCUGAGACGGUACAAAAUAUAAUCGUGCAGAGGAGGAGCUUUGAAAACGUUACCGAGGCCCACUACGACACGAUUAUACGGUUCGGCCAGAUUACAGAGCAAGUUGACGUAUAUCACCCUGUGUGGGCAGAUUUGGUCGAGUACUACCCGGAGUUGUGGACUGCUUUUUCGGACGUCGCGGAAGAGCCUGCCACUGGGUCAGGAGCUCGCUGGAGGCCGAAAGCCGCAGCAAAGGCAGCUGGGUCGGGGGGUGCUGCUUCUAGCGCACCACAGGAGGAGGAGCAGCCAGCCGAAGAAGCGUCAGCCGCGCCCGCCGAGGGUGCAGCCCCUGGCGCACCGACACCUCCGAAGGCGCCGGCUCUUGGAAUAAGGGGACCCACGCGGGACCUUUAUUACAGGGGCCGGAGCGACCCGCUGAGGCAAAGGAGGGUGCCAGCAGAGCCAGAACAGAUCAUUGAAGACACUGGCGCGAGAGCAUCAUCCGAGCCACCGGCUGCCGAGGGCGAGGUGGAUCUGUCGAGAGCCGGCGGGAAUCCGGCAGAAGAUUCCCUGCGAUCUGCCAGGCGUGUCCGCACCCCGCCGGCGCGGCGAGCACAAGAGGAGGCACGCCUGGAGGAGCUUAGGCUCCGCGGCUCGGUGUUUGCCUCUUUUAGGGACGCCGAAGACGCGGAGCCCGAGCAGGCAGAGCAAGCAGCCGGCGAGGAGGAGACCGAGGAGAUAGAAGUAGAGGUCGAGGUUGCCCAAGGUGACGACCGGGGUGCUGCCGAAGGCGCACCAGACGACGAGCCAGCAACCGAAGGCCGACAGGCAGAAGGCGCCGAGGAGGAAGAGGCAGCAGAGGAGGACGAGGCAAUAGACGUGCACCCUGCCUCGGAGGCAACAGUUUCUCCAGCCACCUCGGAAGCCGCAGCCCCAACACGAGAGAUCCGUGUGAAUCUUGGCAGGGACGACGCGUGGAUCGACCCCAGUUCCUACCGGGAGGUCUACACAGCUAGCGCACCGGCAACACCCAGGGCACCUCCACAAAGGCGACCGUUCCGGCAGGGCGAGAUCGUGGAAGCCGAGGUGGAAGAGACAGCGGCCUUAGGCACCCGGUGUCCCCACCGCAGCCAGCGCACCAUUGAGGGUGCCGCGCCCGCCUCCAAGGUCACGCGCACCGGUGACGAAGGAGAGUCUGCCAAAGACGCGGCAGCCACAGCCGCGAGCACAAAGGCUCCACCGCCGAUCGUCACAGGCAAUCGCCAGAAGCUAGCGUACCACGCGUGGGCGCAGCAGACGCGUGACGAGGAGAACGCCGAGGCCGCAGCUUCAAGCGCGGCGGCUGCCAGUUCUUCGCAGAGGGUGCUUGCUACGCGCACCGAGGCCACUAUCGUAUUCGACUGGCACCACGUCUUGGACAAGGCCUGCAUCGAGUCCAGAGGUGCCACCUGGGACACAAAGCCUGGAUCCCACGGGUACUUUAAUACUGAAUUUGUGGCCGCGCUAAAGGAUUUCUGCGAGGAACACAAGCCACUGCGAUUGGCAAUUCUGAGUUACAGCACGCAAUCCACCGCUCCUUGGUACCGCUUCCAUUUCCUUGAGGAGGCCCUAGAGUGCUUAAGGGUGGCGUUGCCUUUGAGCAUCAACCUUAGCAUUGGGCAGACGUACCAGCGCACAGGACCGGACGGAAAAGCGCAGCAAUUGUGCCAGAUAGUGCCGCCAGCAAGCGUCGUGAUCGACGACAACCGAGGCAUUAUCAAGGAGUGCGCCAAAACCGGCGCACUCACGGUACAGGCUCAGAAGGGAGGAGGCGUCGACCAGUUGAUCUACGAGCUCAACCAGGCAAGUGCUCUGAUCAAGCGGCGCACCGGGCCGGCUGCUCCAGCCUGCGUGCCGCCACCGUUUUGCCAGCUUGCGGUGCCCGAGGGUGCCGCCGUGACACACGCCCACCACGCCUCCGGCGUUGCCUUGGGUGCUGCGUCCCUCGCGCACCAGGCUGCAGAAAGGGCACAAUACCGCGACGAGGCCCAGACGAUUGCACGGGCUGCGCAGGGUAUCGUGGAUGAUGCUAGGCUAGCAGACGAGAUGGAGUCGAUGCAGCGGCGUCACGAGGAGGCAAUGGCCGUCAUGGCCGAGCGGCUCACCCGGAUCAGGCGGAUCAUCCAGCUCAUCGUCCUCAUCUGUGAUGAUCCAGCCCCUGACGGUGAUGGGGCCGCAGCUUCAAGCGCGGCGGCUCCGAAGACCAAUGCAGAGCUUGAAGAGGACACCAUCAGAGUGAAAUCGCUUUCUGAUUUAUCCUUCCCAAACCCGCCACAAAACGCAGCGCAAGCGAGAGGGUUUGUGAAUCAGACCUUGAUGGCCAUUGGAAAGCUCCAGAAGACCCCAGGCGAUGAGGUAUACAUCUGGGCACAAGAUUGCCUAAAGAAGGAGCCUGCCGCACUUUGUAAGGAUGGACGCUUCCCUCGCCUUGACCGCGAGAUCGCCGCUAAGCUUAUCAAAGUGUGUCGCCACGGUCGCUUCGGGUUGCUAUUCCAGCAGAUGGUUGAGUCUGAAAGGCUUAAGUCGGGUGGCAUGCCCAAUGGGCGCUGCAUGCUGCGCGCCAUAUACAGUCACUUCCAGUUGGAACGUGAUCGUAUGGGUAUGUUAGCGGAACGUAACCUCCUGAACAUUAGGAUCGGAGGGGAUGGUAUUUCCCAUCUGGAGGCAUUUCGUGAUAAAUAUCACUACGUCGCCAAUACCAUUCCUGUAGAGGAUCUCCCUAAGGACAGUACGAUCUUCAAUCAUCUUAUCGAUGAGUUCGAAAAGGUUUCAGUUCUUAAGCCCAAGGUAGAGAAGGCAAGGGAAGCAAGGCCGGGAUCACACCGUCGCACCGCCGCAUGGUUGUGGAACCGCGUGGACAUUGCAAUCGACUUGCACCAGCAGCGUGUCAAUCGACAGGAGUUCGAUAAGUCCUUGCAACAGAAGCCAGAGACCUUGACUUCCACCUCCCAGCCUUCAAAGCCAAGUGUGCCCGCAACACCCGCACCGGGUGCUGCCGCAGGCGCACCGAAAGGAGGCGCUACCGACAAGCCGCCGAAGAAGGAGAAGAAAAAGAAGAAAAAGAAAAAGAAAGACGAGGGCGAACCCGAGGUUGAGGUCCCAGGCGCACCUGCCCCAAAGGGCAAGGGCAAAGGCGGAAAGGGCGGAAAGGGCAACGGAACACCACGAAGCCCGAAAGGUGGUGAUACGACGCCCAGAUCUGCUCAGGCCAAAAGCGCCAGGAACAUGACCCCGGAGGAGAAGGCCAAGACACCGUGUAUGUUUUGGGCGUUCGGCGCCUGCAAAGGCGACCCCUGUCCGUUCCUUCACGACAGCAAGAACAAGUACACUGGUCCUAAGCCCAAGUCACUCGCAAAGCCAGACGCUAAGGCUAAGCCUAAGGCAAAGGCGAAGGCGAACGCUGCAACGGCACCGUUAAUCAAUGCUCUCCCCGCCGAGCUGAACCAGGAUGGCAAGAUCACUUGGCUUUGGGACACGGCAGCAGGUAGGCAUUUGAUAGGUCGCCAGGCGCUUUCCUCCAAAGCCCUUUCCUGUGUCACCCGCUCCGAGACACCUGUUGGUUUUGCCACUGGUGGCGGCGCGCGUGAAGGCACUCACAGCCUCGCGUUUGAGGGCAGCCGGUUGUUACCUUCAGAGGAACAGGUCUACGUGCUUAAGGAGUGUCCACCAGCCUUUUCUGUAGGUAAAGCUGUCCUUGACGAGGGAUCCUUGUUUGUCUGGGACCCUCGAGAACACCGUCCUUACUUUGUGAAGAAAGAGGACGUGCACCGCUGCAAGCUUCGUAUCCCGCGCAAAGCGAGGAUCAAUGCGACCAGGGUCGUAGAAUAUGUCCCUCAGUUCGAGGAGACAUUGCGCCCGGCAGUAAGGGAACAGAGCCCAAGCCUAAGUCCCAUUACUGCAUCGGCAUCCCCUGCGCCGAAGGAUGAUGAUACUGUGUCGUUCAGCGAUUUCGAGGUCGCAGAUCUCGAAGAGGCUGAAGCGAGCUAUCCUCGCACAACCUCUGGCGAUUAUGAUUGGGAAGCCGACGUCGUCGAGAAGCAUGCAGAGAAGAAGGCUGAAGCAAAGCGGCUUUUUCGUGAAGGCGCUGUAGGUGAGACAGCUGCCAGUGAAAGCUCCGAAGAAGAACUUUUUCCUGAACUCUUCAAGGGAAAGCCCGCAAGUACGCAACAGCCUGCCGAAGGCACAACAGCAAAGGAGGCUGCCUCAGGUCUAAGAGCAAACGAGAUGUCGCCGACCUGCCUCGUUAAAUUAGAUGAAGCUGGCGAGUUGAUCGUAGCGGCGGAGGAGGACGGCACCGCUAGGGGGGGUCACACAGUGGGAGGCCCUCACAAAGGAGCCCUUCAAUGGGAAGAGGGUCUUUUCCUAGGGUGGCGGAUAGACGCAGGCAUGCGCUAUCGCAAUGUUGUUAAGGUUCUAGACUACAAUGACUUUCGUGGUAAACGCAACACGUCUGUCCACGACGUGCCAGAACCUGAGUUGUACAUAGAGGACGGUCCGCCCAUCUUCCCAGUCGCGAAUGCAACCCGCAAGGCGCUAGUAGACGGCUCCACCUUGAGUGCUGCCUCCGGCGCACUACCCGAGAUCCCAUUGCGGGAGAUUCCCUUUGCUCUUGAAAGCAUCGGGCCGCCGGCGCCCAGAACACCUGGCGUUAGGAAGAAGCUGCUGCAAGGAGGGCUGCGCUUCGCGCCCUGGGUGAGUCACCAGAGACUCCCGCGCUGCCUUGCCACCGUGCACUGCCAGUACCACGAGCUUGGAGUACCCCACGUACGCCUCGCCAAAGAAACUUUGGACGUUGAGAACGAGCUUGUGGCUGCCCAGCUGCACGAACAGUUCAGUGCGUGUCCUAAGAGUCACCUCUGGGUGUCUCUGCCGUGCACCUCUGGAUGCCAGUGGCAUCGCGUUCAGCUUAAGAGAGGUGGCGGUGAGUAUCGCGCACGACUCCUGCAAAAGAUUCAUGGGUCUAAGAAGUUGUUCGCACAGUUUGUUGAGCAUGCUAAGACCGCGCUUGACCUCGGGAUUGACGUCACGUUUGAGUGGCCGAGGUAUUCCGAUUCAUGGAAGAGGCCUGAUGUAAAGGAGUUCUUUAAGGCUCGGGGAAAGGAUCUUGAACUCACUGGGUUGUACACGCAAGAGAUGUGUGAGCGCAUCGCCUUUGCCAUCAACCCCAGUAGGGCCUAUAUCUCGGUUCCUGCGAUGCCGGUCUUACCCACUUCCACAACUACUGAACACCGCGAAAAGGAACAGGAACUGAAGCACGUUUCCGCUCUCAGCGGAUACGAGGACCUUGCCGCAGUAAUAGAGUCCGACCAGGAGGCUUCUAAGCUUGUAGAAGAAAUCGUCGACCUUUCCGCCCUUAUGUGUGCAGUCCAUGGCAUACCUAAGGAGGCACCCUCAAAGGAAGUGUCUGCAAUGGUGACGAAACUUCUCUCUCGGGCCGAAAUGCUCUCCUCACCUGAGGCCCUCAAUGCGGUGAAACAGGAAGCAGACGGUCUUCGCGCAGUUCCUGUGUGGGACGAAACGAACCCGCAGGAAUACGCUAGCGUCCAAGCGCAAGCGCGCCGCACGGGCACUAAGGUACACUUCGGCAAGCUGAUGAGCAUUGCAUCCAUUAAGUUUUGGGAACUUGCCAAGCACCUUCAGAAGGUUAAAGGCCGAAUCGUGUACCGAGGUGACUGUGCGAAGGACGAAGAGGGCGCCGCAGCGGUUUACAGAGAGUUAGGUGCAAACCCCACCUCUGUUCAGGGACUUAAUGCCUGUUUAGCUUACGGUAGCUUACCUGGCCAUCAGUCUAGUGCCGCAGACGCCGUCAAAGCGUAUGUGCAAGCUCUUCUUAAAUCCAAGUACCAAACUUGGAUAGAGCUACCACCUGAACUUCGUCCUGCUUGGUGGCGUGAGUGUUUUGCAAAGCCAGUAGUGCUGCUUCUACGCGCGCUGUACGGCCACCCAGAAGCAGGCGGACUUUGGGAGAAGCACCUUAAGGAGGUUCUUAGGAAUAUGGGUGGACAAGAACUGCCGGAAUAUCCAGGUAACUUUCGGUUUCCUGAGACUAAGCUCCUUCUUUCCACUUACGUUGAUGAUCUUACCCUCUCUGGACCACAGGAGGAGCACCAGCCGUUUUGGGAUGCUUUGUGUAAGGUUGUUGAUGUAGAACCCCCAGAGCCUGUGUAUCGGAUCUUAGGUCGCAAUCAUUGCACUAUCAACGCUGAGCCUGAAGGCACCGAGAAUGCUGCCCUAGGCGCAUUAAGGGGUGCCAUGGCGUUUGAUAUGUUUGACUACGCGCAACAGACCGUAGACCUUUACAAGGGCCUCACUGGCCUUAAGGCUCUAAAGCAUGCUGCCACUCCCUUUGCUCCAGAGGCUUCACUUCCAGUGAGCCAAGAGGAGAUCGCAGGAGAGCUUGCUCCUAAUGCAUGUAAGGUGUUAAUGAAGGCCCUUUGGCUAGGCAGACUUGCGCGUCCUGACUUAGUCAAGCCGAUAGGUGACCUCGCGACCAAGGUGCAAAAGUGGUCGAGGAACGAUGAUAAAAAGCUUCUUCGUCUGAUAAGCUACAUCGAUUCCACUAAGACCCACCGCCUUGUAGGCACUGUAUCGGACGGGCCAAGGGAGCUGCAUCUUGCGCUCUACGUUGAUGCCGACUUUGCAGGGGAAAGGGACGACGCCAAAUCCACCAGUGGAGGUUUCUUAGUCCUAAAAGGUCCCAACACCUUCUUUCCUCUUGCAUGGGUGUCUAAGCGCCAGACGUCUGUGAGUCGCAGUACCACAGAGUCUGAGAUUGUGUCUUUAGCUCAUAGCCUCUUCCAAGAAGCGCUUCCGGCAUUGCAGCUCUGGCAGACCAUCCUCGACUAUCCGAUCAGGUUAAUCAUUCAUGAGGACAACCAGGCUACGAUCCUAGUUGCGAAGAAGGGCUAUUCGCCGAAGCUUAGGCACAUAGCGCGCACCCAUAAGGUCAAUUUGGGUUCCAUCUCUGAGGUGAUUGAUGAGGAUGAUGUAGACAUUGAGUAUGUCGAUACAAACUUGCAGGCUGCCGACAUCUUCACCAAAGCACUUCCACCACAAAAGUGGGAUAAUGCGUUGAAGUUGUUAGGCAUGCGCCAGAACCUUCCCGAGAUUCUGGUUGACACGAGACAGCUCAAGACCAAAGCCGGUAGUGGCCCUACCACCUCUCCCACUUCAGGGUCUAGUCCCAAGUAG